CAGCGGCUAGGUCCCGCGAGGCAGCCAUCCACGUGUUCUUCAUGUUUAGUGUUUACAGGUGUUAGGGAGGUGAUAAUUAUUCCACGGCCGGCUCUUUGUCCUUCAGCUGUUUACAACCCUGUUGGGGAACGCAUAUUUUCUGAUGUUUAGUCUUGCUUCACGGGCGUUUUGGGUCUGAGUAUCACCUUUAACACUGAGGAUCUAAGAGGAAGGAGGUGAUUAAGUGAGUUGGUGGUAACAAUGGUGCAGGAGCUGGAAGGGGAGACGGAGGUGUUCCAGGCUGCCCCCCUCAACCUGCAGCCCCCUGAGAGUGUUGACACAGGCCCCGGCACGAUAGAGUCUGAGGAUGAGGUGGAUAAUUUCUCGGGCUCGGAGUCGGAGGAUGGAGAGGAAAUCCAGCUGCGACGCGAGGCCGGGGAGUCGGAGUUCUACAAAGACUUCAGCUUCGUGUCCUCGGUGGCGGACUACCAGCGCGACACCUGGGACGACGUGCUCAAGUACCUCAAGCCCAAACGGAGCAUCAACCUGAGUGAGACCAUCGCACGGGUCCGACUCGAGGAGAAAGAGAAGAGAAAGAAAAAGAAGGAGCAGGAAGCAUCUAAGAAUGGAGAGGAGGUGGAGGUGAAGACGGAGGAGGAUUCUGACCUGGACUCGGAAGAGGAGGAGGAGGAAGAAGAGGAGGAAGAGGCAGAGAACUCAGAUGGAGAAUUUAUGCCUGACCCAACUGCCAAGGACGUCCUGAGGCAGCAAGAGGCCGAGAUUCGCAGGAAGGAGCGGCGCAAGGACCGUCCCGCCAAGGUCAAGAAGUCCCUGAAGGAGAUGCAGCGCGAGGAGAACGACGCCAAGUUCUUCGAGGACGCGCCGCCGUGCCAAGCUGACGCGACCUUCCUGGAGAUGAACUUUUCCCGCUCUCUCCUUAAGGCCAUCGACAGCUUGGGGUACGACAGGCCGACCCCAAUCCAGGCUGCGACCAUUCCUGUGGCGCUGCAGGGGCGGGAUGUGUGUGGGUGCGCGGCGACUGGUACGGGGAAGACUGCCGCGUACAUGUUGCCCAUACUGGAGCGCCUCUUGUAUAAGCCGCACGAUGAUGUGGUCACGAGGGUCUUGGUGCUGGUGCCGACGAGGGAGCUGGGCGUACAGGUAUUCCAAGUCUCCAAGGAGCUCUCGAAGUACUCCCACAUUGAGAUCGCCUUAUCGGUGGGGGGGCUGGACCUCACCACCCAAGUCGCCGCCCUCAAGAGGAUCCCGGACAUUGUCAUCGCCACGCCCGGCAGGCUCAUCGACCACACCCUCAACACGCCAACUUUUAACUUGGAGAGUAUUGAGAUUCUAGUGCUGGACGAGGCAGAUCGGAUGCUGGACGACAGCUUUGAGGACCAGAUGAAGGAGAUUAUCAAGCAGUGCGCCAGUAACCGUCAGACCAUGCUCUUCUCUGCCACCAUGACCUCGCAGGUGAAGGAGCUGGCCAUGGUGUCCCUCAAGAAUCCCGUGAAGGUCUUCGUCAAUGAGAACACCGACGUCGCCCAGAAUCUUCGGCAGGAGUUCAUUCGGCUGCGCAGGAGCAUCGACGGGCAGCGGGAGGCAGCCCUGGCAUACCUGGUGUCCCGGUCCUUCCGCCAGAACUGUAUGGUGUUUGUGGAGACCAAGCUCCAAGCCCACCACCUCACCAUCCUGCUCGGUCUCCUCGGCAUCAAGUCUGGCGAGCUGCACGGCAACCUCAAGCAGACCGACCGACUCCUGGCUCUCAAGAAGUUCCGGGACCAGGAAAUUGACAUUCUGAUCGCGACGGACGUGGCGGCGCGAGGCCUCGACAUCAAGGGAGUGAGGACGGUCAUCAACUACACGCUGCCCUCUCGGUACACUCGCUACGUGCAUCGCGUCGGGCGCACGGCGAGGGCGGGCCACUGCGGGCGAUCCAUCAGCCUGGCCAGCGAGAAGGAGUUUCCGAUGCUGAAGGAAAUCAAGAAGUACUCUCGCAGUGCCAUGUUUGAACGCGUCUUGAAUAAAGACGUCAUGGCCAAGUAUAUCGCCAAAGUUGAGCGCCUGCGUCCGGCCGUCAAGCGCGUUCUGCAGGAGGAGCAGCAGGAGAAGCAGCUGGCGUCCAUGGAGCAGAGCAUCCGCAGCAUGGAGAAGCGACUGCAGGCGGGGGGGAACUUGGACGACGAGGAUGCCGCCCGCCCCGCCCAGGCCCAGCGCACGUGGUUCCAGACCGACGAGGAGAUCAAGACGAAGACCAAGAAGCGGGCACUGAAGGGCAAGGCCAAAGCUACCUUCGAGAAAGCCAAGCGCAGGAUGAAGAAGCGCAGGGAUGCCGAGGACCCAGAGGAGCGGCGGGUGCGAGGGGAAGUGGGGUGGUCGCAGCGGCAGGCCAAGCGUGACUCCCGACCCCAGCGGCUGGCUCUCAAGGACGACGAUGAUGUGCCUGUGUCGCGGCCUGGUGGGGAAGGCAGAGGCAAGAAGAGGAAGAAGGGGCAGGGGUCCUCCUUCGACCAAGAGCUGACGCGCACUGACAGGAGGUCCGUCAAGAAGUUCCGUGCCGGCCCGUCCUUCCACGAGCGCCGCGAUGCUUUUGAGAAUAAAAACCCAGGGCAGAAGUUUAAACCGAAGAGGAAGAAGUAGAGGAGAUAGAGGCGGAGGAGGAAGAAGUUAGGAAGUUACGAAGAGGAGGGAGAAGUAGUUUGUGAGGUUUUGAAGAGGAAGAAGAAGUGGAGUUGGUAUUUAGAGAAGUUUUGAAGAGGAAGAAGAAAGAAGAAGUUUGCAAAGUUACGAAGAGGAGGAAGAAGUUAGUGAAGUUAUGAAGAGGAGGAUGUAGAUUUAGUAGCUAGAGAAGAUUUGAAGAGGUAGAAGUAGUUUGAAAAGUUACGGAGAGGUAGAAGUUAAGGAAGUUAUGAA